CUUCACUCACCGUAAAGCCGAAGCCAGAAGCCAGAAGCCAGAAGCCGAAAGCCAAAAGCCAAAAACCAAAGAAGUUUGAGAUUUGGUGAUUUUCGUGAUCGUCGGGAAAAAAAAAUGGGAAGAAAGUUCUUCGUUGGCGGUAACUGGAAAUGCAAUGGAACGACUGAACAAGUGAAGAACAUAGUAAGCACUUUGAAUGGAGGAGGGGUGCCGUCUCAGGAUGUUGUUGAAGUUGUCAUUAGCCCUCCGUUUGUGUUCCUUCCUUUGGUCAAAGAUUUAUUGAGGCCUGACUUUCAUGUUGCUGCCCAAAAUUGUUGGGUCAAGAAAGGAGGUGCCUUUACCGGCGAGGUUAGUGCAGAGAUGCUUGUCAAUUUGUGCAUUCCUUGGGUCAUUAUUGGUCACUCUGAGAGGAGGCUUAUUCUGAAGGAGUCAAAUGAGUUUGUUGGGGAUAAGGUUGCUUAUGCACUUUCUCAAGGUUUGAAGGUGAUAGCUUGUAUUGGGGAGACACUUGAGCAACGUGAAGCAGGAUCUACUACGGAGGUUGUUGCUGCACAAACUAAAGCAAUUGCAGCAAAAGUAUCAAACUGGGCAGAUGUCGUUUUGGCCUAUGAGCCUGUAUGGGCUAUUGGAACUGGGAAGGUUGCUACUCCAGCUCAAGCUCAGGAAGUACAUUCUGAGUUAAGGAAAUGGCUUCAAGCAAACGUCAGUCCAGAAGUUGCUGCAUCAACCCGGAUUAUUUAUGGAGGAUCUGUCACUGCUGCAAACUGCAAGGAACUAGCAGCUCAGCCUGAUGUCGAUGGUUUUUUGGUUGGUGGAGCUUCAUUGAAGCCGGAGUUCAUUGAUAUUAUCAAGUCUGCUGAGGUCAAGAAGAACGCCUAAGUUCUAGUUUGAAGCUUUUACGUUGGGGGUACUUGCAAGAGCUGUUGUUAGGGGAGGUAUAGAAUCUGUUUCAUAAGAGUUUGAAAUGUA